GUCUGGCAAUUCCAUGAUUCCUGUGGCCAUUGGACCGCCCUGCGUCCAGGCGCAGAAUGUCAAACUCCGGGCUGCAGGCUGGCAAACGCCUCGGAGGAAGAGACACGAAUGGUGAAAAAACACCGCCGGAUCGGAUCUCCCGCUACUGACCAGACCGCCGGACUCUCCCUUGCCCCCACCCCCUUGCCUGCCGUCCUGUCUGAGGCCAGGUAUACCUGCUGUACCCUACGUAUACAGAGGGCACCAUACAGAGUACAGGCAGACAUCCAUCGGUAUCCGAUAUCAAAAUUACGGGUACGGGCCAACGACCCACCCGCCCAAAUUUCAUACUUGAAGGAGCUUGAUUUCGUCGCAUCUGCUGGUCGUCUCGCCUUUUUUGUUUUUUUUUAUUCAGAUUUUAUUCUUAUUCUUCUGCUCCCCUCUUAUUUACCCCUGGAAUCCUUCUUCUUUCUGUCUCAUCUCUCUCAUCUCUCGCUUCCCUCCUCUUCCACUCCCCUCUGUUCUCCGGUAUAUAUACGACACCGCCUCAGGCACCACUCCUCCCUGCAAUAUCCAGCCGCCCCACCAAUCAGAGCCCUUCCACGAACUGCGCCGCCGGUUCCAGCGUCAUACAUUUCUUGUGCUGCCGGCUCUUUUUCCGUUCGCCUGUUAUAAGUGCAAUUCUCCUUUUUUCUUGUUUCCUCGACUUUACCCACACAAUGCUCUCUGCCGGGGAACGCCCUCAACCGCCUCUGGGCAAGAAUGCUGCCGUUAUAGACAUGGCUCGAAGCACCCCCGUCU